AUGCCUUUCUUAUCAUAUCUUGAUCUCCUUGGAAACAAUCUCAACGGUUCUAUUGAUGUUCCUAAUUCCUCUACCUCAUCUAGUCUUAAGACCCUGUACCUUGGGGAUAACCAUUUUGAAGGAAAAAUCAUAGAGCCUAUCUCAAAGCUGACCAACCUUAAGGAACUCGACCUUUCUUUCCUAAACACAAGCUACCCAAUUGACUUAAACCUCUUCUCCUCCUUCAAAUCUUUGUUGCACCUCGAGCUUUCUGGUAACAAUAUAUUUCGGGCUAGUUUAAGUUCCGAUUCAUAUAUCCCAUUGACCUUGAAAGUGUUGUACUUGGAGAAGUGUGGCAUUAAAGAGUUCCCAAACAUCUUAAAGACCCUUCGGAAUUUGGAGUUUAUAGACCUAUUCGGCAAUGGUAUCAAUGGGAAAAUCCCUGAAUGGUUAUGGAGUCUUCCUCGUCUAAACUCAAUUAUGCUUACAAGAAAUUUGUUCGAUGGUUUCCAAGGCUCAGCAAACAAAAUAGUGAAUUCAUCGGUGCAGUUCCUAUUUUUGGAUGGAAACCGUUUCAAAGGAGCACUUCCUCAUCUACCACUCUCUAUCAAGAUCUUCUCUGCACAGAAUAAUAAUUUCGGAGGGGACAUACCUCUUACAAUCUGCAACACGUACAACGUCGUCGUCGUCUGCAGUCAAGACCCCCAUCACGCUCCUCCUGACCCCACAUCUACGUCAUCGUCGGUCCAAGGUACAUCCCUUUACCCUUUAUCUCACUACAUUUCCGAUGAGUCUUUCUCUCCAGAGCAGCGUGCAUUUUUUGCUGCCAUAACAGCUGGUGAGGAACCCAAGCAUUUCAAAGAUGCUGUUCGGAUGAAAGUUUGGAAUAAUGCUAUGGGUACUGAGGUCGAUGCACUUGAGCAGAAACGCACAUGGGAUAUCUGUGAUCUCCCUCCUGGUAAAGAAGCUCUCGAAUGUCUUUGGGUUUACAAGACUAAGUAUAAGUCCGAUGGCACGAUCGAAAGGUACAAAGCAAGGCUUGUUGUACAAGGUAACCAUCAGGUCGAAGGUGAGGACUAUGAUGAGACGUUUGCUCCGGUUGUCAAAAUGAACACCGUUCGUUCAGUUCUUCGUCUUGUUGCGGCUAAGAAUUGGGAAGUUUAUCAAAUGGAUGUUAAUAACGCUUUUCUUCAUGGUGAUCUUGAAGAAGAAGUUUAUAUGAAACUUCCCCCUGGUUUUCGUCAUUCGCAUCCGGGGAAGGAUUUAGGGAAGCUUAAGUACUUUUUGGGAAUAGAAAUCAGCAGAGGUCCUGAUGGUAUUUUCUUGUCACAACGUAAGUAUGCGUUGGACACCAUCGCGGAGACGGGAAAUUUAGGCUCUCGGCCUGCUGCAACUCCAUUGGAACAAGAUCAUAAGCUCGCCACCGUUGAAAGUCCGCUCUUGGAUGAUCCUUAA